GUCAUUACGUGCAGGCACUGAGCGACGUGGACGUACCCAUGGGGGCGGUUGGCUUGCUCUCGCUUUCUCCUGAUUCUUCGACGCUUGCGGCUUCUCGUGGGGGGACUGUUUACUUCUUCUCGGUUGAAUCGUUUCACUAUAAGAAGGAAGAACGUAUUUUUUCCUGCUCAUUAGAUGAAGGAAGUUCUGUAAAGGACAUGAAGUGGCUAAAGAAGAGACAUAAUUCAUACAUUCUUCUGACAAGUUGCGGGAACCUGUAUCUUGGGAGCAUUCGUGAACAUUUAGAGCAUUUAAUGGAUAAUGUUGAUGCCGGUAUGCUUUAAAAAUCAAGAACUUCUUCACUUAGGCUCUGCUUAUUAUGAGUGGCAGUUUAAAACAAGUUUGUUCUGUAGAGACUUUUGUUGCUUGUCACCCUUGAUUUCCACGCUGCUUCUUUGUUGCGGUAUCAAUUCAUGCUCGAGAACAUGGACUCUGUUUCAAUAUGUUCUUUUCUCCCCUUGAGUUUGAGAGACUCACAUAUAUACUGCUGAUUAUUUGUAUUUAGGAGGAUAGACUGAACUAUACAUAAUAUAAAAGCUGGUGCAUCCAUAGAGCAUUGAUGAAAGUUUGAAAGUUCCACCGAAUAUAGCUUUUCUUAUGUGGCUGAUAGAGUUGACGUGAAGAUUACACUUGUCUUGCUCUAUUAAAUUAGCAUGCUGUCUUCAUUUGUAUUGUGUGCUUAUGGGAGAUUGUUUAAUCGGGAUGGCUAUCUGAUCCAAGAAAGUUGGGUGCUGAAAGUUCCAUGAGUGGAUCAAAUGCAGUGGAUCGUUUUUCAUAUAUAAUGUCUUCAAGUACAUUAGAAAUGUACAUGGAAAGAAAGAAGGAAGAACAAAAAAAACACA